AUGCAGCAUAUUUUAUAUAAUCAUCCAAAUAAAACUGGUGGUUAUCGAGCACCAAAUCUUAUAUCUACAGAUAUUUUACGUGCUGUUAGUCUUCAUUCAAUACUAGAUAUUGCUGUAUUUACGCGUGUACAUAAUUUUGCUUUACAACGAAGAAUUAUGGAUAUUGGACAGCGAAAUAUGUUAUUACGUCGUCAAAUUGAAGUUUAUGAACAAAUUGUUAAGAUACCAAAUCAAAUAAAACUUCAAGCAAAAAAAACUUUUGAAAUUAAUACAAAAACAAAAAAUGGCCAAUAA